GCGAAGAUAAAUUCAGUUUAAUCAUUUUUCGACAAGAAGAAUCAAGAAAUUAUUCAAAAUGGUGUCAUUUGUUCGUUGUAUUGUUAUCUUUGCCAUUAUUUGCUUAGCUUUUUACAUAUCGCACGCAGAAGCAGGCAAUAACAAUAAAAAAAAAUGCGCUGCUCCAGAAUCAAGUAGCAUUCCAUCAAUUGUAUACGGAAUGACAGCACCAGAGGUUCCUGCACAUCUUAAGAAGUUAGUGAAGGAACAAAAAAAAGCAGAGGCAGUAAGAAAGCAACAAAUUCAAAAAGAGAUAGAAGCAGCCAUUGCUGAAAAUAUGGCUUUGAAAGCAGCUUUACGUUCACUUGGCGCUAACGUAUAAUAAAUUGAAUGUUGUAAAUAACCAAUGGGAGGAUGUGAAGACUUCAAGUCUCUUUGAGCCGACGGUGGCGCCCCGAAUUUCAAAGGGGACGUCAAUGUAAUUUCACAACUCAAAUCGAAACUAAACAGCGCGCCAAUUUUAAAAUUUGCUGUCAUUUCCUCCCAUUGUAAAUAACAUUUCAAUUUAAAACUCAGCAUCAUGAGUCGUCCACCAAUCUAUAAUGUUUCUUUCUUUUGUCAAUUAUAAAUAUUAUUAUUGAAUAGAAAGUGGCCAAUAUAAUCGGCAGUUUGUAGUUUCAAUAAAUGACUUUAAUAAAAUGAAA